AUGUCCGACGUCGCAAUCACCAUCAAGAAUCCAAAACUUCAGAGAACUUUGCAAAGAUUCAAAGCGAAGAUCGCAGAAGGAGACUACUACGAAGCUCAUCAAACAUUGAGAACAAUUGCCAAUAGAAACGUCAAGGCUAAAGCUUAUACCGAUGCCAUUGAACUCUUAUACAUUGCUGCUCAAAUCUUACUAAAAUCAAGUCAACCAGCUACUGGUUCAGACUUAACAUCUUAUUUGUUGGAAGUAUAUACAGAAUCACAAACACCAGUGGAUUCAAAUUCAAAAUCUAAAAUUAUUCAAUUGAUUUCAUUAUUUCCUUCUCAAGAACCAACAUUGAAACAAGUUAGUAUCGAAGCUAGUAAUUGGUCAAUCAAGUUUGGUGAAUAUCCAUUUGGUGAUCCUUUCCUACAUGAUGUUAUUGGUGCUAAAUUUCUAGAGAAUCCUUCAGAUUUGGCCUAUGAUGCUGAAAGACAUUUAUUAUUAGGGACAAGUGCAAGUGUUACUUUAUAUUUCAAUUUGAUAUGGGAAUGGUAUUUAGAAGAUCCAAGUUUGGAAAAUGCUGGAUUAUAUGCUUCUAGAAUUGUAUUGAAUUAUUUGUUUAUUGAAAAUGUUAAAAUUGCUAAAGAAGCAUUAACAAAAUUCAUUAAUAAUUUAAUCAAUCAUGGUAAAUUACAACAUGAAUCAAUUGAAGAAUUAAAUGAAAAAUUUCAUAUUUUUGAAUCAGUACCACUAUUAAACUUAUUACAAUUGACUUUAAUAACUAUUCAAACUAAAAAUUCUCAAUAUUAUUCAAAAUUGAAAAAUCAUUAUAAUCAAGUGAUAACUCAAUCAGGAUUAAAUGAUUCUUUUGAUUAUUUAGGUGAAUUAUACUUGGAUAUAAGGGUUCCAAAAAAUAUAAAUCCAUUACAAAGUUUAAUGAGCAGUUUCCUUGGUGGUGGUGGUAUAUAA